CAAGGAGGAGACGAAAGAAAUCUCCUUGACCAACUCCAACAACCGCAAGAGCGAUCGUGGCGGGAAGGGCAUGUACAAGCACAAUUUGGGUGCCCAGACUAUUGCCACUCUCAGAGAUCGCUUGGCGGAAGAAAAUGAUGGCGAGCCGGUUGAUGAUCUCCUCCUAUAUAGGAAGGCGCAUACCAACAAGCAUACUGGGCUGAUUGAUGAUGGUGUUGUGAGGGAUGUGAUCGACCUGAUCCAAACUCAGAAGGAAGACGAAGAGAUCCGUCUAUCUCAGCUUCAAACCGACAUGGACGCCACUUCGACGGCUUCUACCAACUUGUCCCGGAUUCGAAUCAACGAAAUCGUUGCAUCGUCGGUACCGAAGAAGAAGGGACGUUUGGUCGGUUUGGGUCGUCGAUCCCAGUCGGUUCCUCCUUGUGCACCAUCGUCCUCAGUUGAUCCAGCAGUAUUUAUGGAUCAGUUGAAGGACAGGGAUGACCGCAUUGCUGCGUUGGAGACCAGGAUGGCGGAUCAACAGGCGGGAUGGGAGGAAACGAGGAGGCAGAACGAGAGAAUGAUGGAAAUGAUGAAGAGAAUGUACCCGAACGAGCAGUUCCCGUAG